CUGUUCGUGAAGCCGCGGCCGGGCUCACCCGCGCUGGCGGCGGUGGCAGCCAUGGCGGGGGUCCCGGGCCGCCCCCUCCUCGCUCCGCUCCGCCGAGCCAAGAUGGCGGCGCAGGAAAACCUCCACCGGCCUCACAGGCACGGGGGCGAGGCCAGCUCCACGCCGGCCUCCUAUUGGUUCAAGCGGGGGGCGCGGGGAGGGACAGGGGGAGACGCGGAAGUGCUAUUGGUCCAAACGGAGGGCCGGGGGCGAGACAACGGGAGGGCACGACCAGGGGGCGGGACAACGCGGCUGUGUCCCGCCCCCACCGGGGAUGAGGCGGGGCUUUUUUGGUGGGCGGGGCUCUUUUGGGCGUGGCUAUUGUGGGAGGGGUUGAUUACGUCACGCAACAUUGGAUUGGGAUUGGAAUAGGAAUUAGAAUAGGAAUUGGAAUAGGAAUUGUAAUUGUGGUUCUAAAACCCAGGGAAGGAAGAUUCGAAUCCGGACUGGACAUGUGAUUUGGCUCGGAACUGGGAUUGGGAUUGGAACAGGUUUUUGAGUCAGGAUUGGGAUUUGGGGUCACCAACAGGACCCUAAAACUCAUCCUUUCCUGAAAAAUCUCUGGAAAAUCCCUACAUUAACUACCAACUCAUGGUGUGUCAAAGUUUCACUGUCUUCCCAAAGUGAUCAUUUUUUGUCUCAGAGUACAAAAAUAAGGAAAUUCGAAGGAGAUUUUUGGCAUAUUUUGGGUGUUCUGGGGUUUUCAUGAGGCUGUCUUGCAAGACCCAAAUGGGCACCUCAGUUCAAUGUAUUUUUCAAGAGUUUUUUCUGGUCUAUUCCAACAUAAACAAAGAACUAUCCUGAAAUCCUCUCACAGGCAAGGCUUUUGGGGAUAGAUCCUCCUCAGCACUUCUCGAAUGACCCCAAGUCACCGGGAGGACCCGUGAAGGGACCCAGAGCCUUCUCCUGAUGGCAGAAGGGGGUGCGGGGUUGGAAUUUAAUCCUCUGGUUUGUGUCUGAAAGGUGAUCCCCACAUUCCUGCAGAAUUCAUGAAGGCCUGGAGCCAGCCGGGCCAGGACAGAGACCCAGCACUGGCCGCAGGGAGGUAAGGAAGGAGCAGAGGGGACCCAAGGCCACAUUUUCCCUUUUUUAUGGGUGUUUUUGACCCCUCAGCCUCAUGAUCCCCCUGGUUCUGGCCCUCAGGGACGUCACUGGGAGUUGAGCGCUUGGGGGACACGCGCUGGAGGAUUCCCGGAGCUGGGAAGGAGACACCUGAGCGGUGCCUGGAGCUGGGAAGGAGACACCUGAGGCUCCCUGCAUGGAGACCCCCACAGGGCUGCCCGCCCUGGACGUGGACAAAGCCGUGGCCACGGCCUUCGUGGUGCUGCUGGGGCUCUUCCUCCUCGCCAUGACCGUGCGCUGUGCCCGGCUGGUGGUGGAUCCCUACAGCGCCAUUCCCACCUCCACCUGGGAGGAGGAACCCAUCAACUGACCCCCAAA